ACCCCACAUCUUUACACAGUUCUUUCUCUCAUGUUUCACGUGUUCUCUCACAAAGAUUUAUUAACAGUGAAUUCUAAAGAUUGCUAUUUGUUUGGAUCUGGAAACUUUUCGAGUUGUUCUUGUGUAGUUGAGAUGGUGUCACACAUAUCCAGGAAGAGGAAGACAAAUAAUUUAACUACACUUUCUAAAAUGUGACACUUUAAGCUGCUGAUAUUUUUGUCAUUUGGGUGUCGACACACAGACUUUGACACUGCAGCACGAAAUCACUAUGGUGCCGUCACUCGUAACAUCUCUUCCUCUGAUCUUGGUGAUCAUGACUGCGGGGGUUGAUGGUCAGCAGUAUCUGACAGUGAAUUAUAGUCCUUCAUAUGUUUGUGCAUUAAAGGGGUCAACAGUGAAAUUGUCCUGUGUUUUAAAAUAUCCUCAUGAUCAUGAGCUCAAAACAGUCUUCUGGACCAAACCUGCUGUAACUGAUGGAGAUCCACCGAACCUGUGUUUAGACCCAGAAAAGAGAGGAAGAGUUCAGUGUGACAGUGAAGAUAAAGACACUCACAGUAUCACUUUGACAAGUGUAACAGAAGCAGAUAAACACAUCUACUACUGCAGAUUCACUACAGACACUGAGAAUGGAAGAUGGACAGGGAUUCCUGGAGCUCAGCUGGACGUCACAGAUCUGCAGGUGGAGACAGAGCAGAGUGUGAAUAAGGGAGAUUCAGUCACUCUGACAUGUAAAAGCAGCUGCUCUCUGCCUCAACAAACAACAUUCAUCUGGUUCAGAAACACACAGAGAUUAACUACAGGAAACAUCAGAGAGAAUCAGCUUCAGCUGCAGUCAGUCAGUCUUCAUGAUUCAGGAAACUAUCGGUGUGCUGUUUCAGGAGAGGAACAUCUGAUCUCUCCACCUGUUUUUCUUAAAGUAAGAUCGGGUGAUGGUCAGCAGGAUUGGGGAGUGAAUUACAGUUCUUCAUAUGUUUGUGCAUUAAAGGGGUCAACAGUGAAUCUCUCCUGUACUGUAAAAUAUCCUCGUGAUCAUCAGCUCAAUACAGUCUUCUGGACCAAACCUGCUGUAACUGUAAUAGAAACCCCUGACCUGUGUUCAGACCCAGAAAAGAGAGGAAGAGUUCAGUGUGACCGUGAAUAUAAAAACAACACUUGCAGACUCACUUUGAUGAAUGUAACAGAAGCAGAUAAACACAUCUACAACUGCAGAUUCACUACAGACACUGAGGGAGGAAGAUGGACAGGGGUUCCUGGAGCUCAGCUGGACGUCACAGAUCUGCAGGUGGAGACAGAGCAGAGUGUGAAAGAGACAGAUUCAGUCACUCUGACAUGUAAAAGCAGCUGCUCUCUUCCUCAACAAACAACAUUCAUCUGGUUCAGAGAGACACAGAUAUUAACUACAGGAAUCAUCAGAGAGAAUCAGCUUCAUCUGCAGUCAGUCAGUCGUGAUGAUUCAGGAAACUAUCGGUGUGCUGUUUCAGGAGAGGAACAUCUGAUCUCUCCACCUGUUUUUCUUAAAGUAAGAUCGGGUGAUGGUCAGCAGGAUUGGGGAGUGAGUUACAGUCCUUCAUAUGUUUGUGCAUUAAAGGGGUCAACAGUGAAUCUCUCCUGUACUGUAAAAUAUCCUCGUGAUCAUCAGCUCAAGACAGUCUUCUGGACCAAACCUGCUGUAACUGUUAUAGAAACCCCUGACCUGUGUUCAGACCCAGAAAAGAGAGGAAGAGUUCAGUGUGACCGUGAAUAUAAAAACAACACUUGCAGAAUCACUUUGACGAGUGUAACAGAAGCAGAUAAACACAUCUAUAACUGCAGAUUCACUACAGACAAUAAGGAGGGAAGAUGGACGGGGGUUCCUGGAGUUCAGCUGGACGUCACAGAUCUGCAGGUGGAGACAGAGCAGAGUGUGAAAGAGACAGAUUCAGUCAAUCUGACAUGUAAAAGCAGCUGCUCUCUGCCUCAACAAACAACAUUCAUCUGGUUCAGAAACACACAGAGAUUAACUACAGGAAUCAUCAGAGAGAAUCAGCUUCAGCUGCGGUCAGUCAGUCAUCGUGAUUCAGGAAACUAUCGGUGUGCUGUUUCAGGAGAGGAACAUCUGAUCUCUCCACCUGUUUAUCUUCAUGUAGGAUAUCCUCCAAAGAGUGUCUCAGUGUCCAUCAGUCCGUCUGAAAUAGUGGAGGGAGAUUCAGUGACUCUGAUCUGCAGCAGUGACUCAAACCCUCCUGCUCUGAACUUCAGCUGGUUUAAGGAGAAUCAAAGCUCCUCUGUUGGAUCUGGACAGAGUUUCAUCAUCUCCAGCUUUAACUCCAGUCACAGCGGACGCUACUAUUGUGAGACUCAGAAUCAACAUGGAUCUCAGAGAUCAGCGUCUGUUUCAGUCUCUGUUAAAGGGUUUCAGAGAGCUGCUCUGCACACAGUUCCUGGGAUUGUGGUGGGAUGUGUAGCAUUGAUCUUCAUCAUCAUCAUCAUCAUUGUGUUUAUUAAGUGA